AAGGAAGGAAGGAACGGCAUCGCUUUUCUUCCCUGAACCUCCUCCUCCUUCUGAGCUGAAACCUUACGCGCCUGCAAAUUAAGCCUCAAAACUCCAGUUUCCUCUGCGAUUGGGGGCCACGCGCCGGAGCUCAACUUUCGCUUCACCUCUCCACCGCCCACUGCCCACCGCCAACCACCACCGAAUUUCCUCAUCGAAUCGGAGAUGAGUCUAUACGCAAACGACUUUUCUCUCUUCGACUUCGGCUUCUCCGAUUCGGUCUUCGACUCUUUAUCUCAACGCUUCGAUUCGCCCCCGACCUCUCCCACCCCCUCGACGUCGUCCAGUUCCGCGAUUGCCAACGCCAACGCCAACGCCAACGCCAACGCCUCCAGUUCCGCCGCCGUCGAGCCUCCGAAUCAUCGUCACGAUGGCAAAUCGCCGUUGCCUCUCGGGAUGGACUGGAGCCCUCCUCCUCGCAAUUGGGAUGGGCGGACUACUGUUUGGCCUCAUGAUCCACGCACAGGAUGGAGCUACUGCGUCACGAUUCCUUCCUGGAUUCUCCUAUCUGAAUCUAGGGGUUCAGACCCCAUAGUGUUUUUCAGGGUUCAAGUUGGCAUACAAUCGCCAGAAGGGAUCACAACAACACGAGGAAUAUUGCGAAGGUUUCGUGAUUUUUUGAAGCUUUCAAAGGAGCUUAAAGAGGAAUUUCCAGUGAAAAUGCUGCCUCCAACUCCUCCGAAGAAAAUUCUGAGAUUGAAAAGCAGGAUACUUUUGGAAGAGAGAAGGUGUUCUCUGGAGGAUUGGAUGGAUAAACUCUUAUCUGAUAUUGAUUUAUCACGAUCCGCUGUGGUAGCAAACUUUCUUGAGCUUGAAGCUGCUGCGAGGUCAUAUUUUGAUGAGGUACAUGUGCAGAGCUCAGACGCAAAUGCGAUUGCCACUGAUGCAGUUCCACUCUUUACUCCACAACCUGUAGCUGAUGUUUUCAAUAGUGUUGUAAGUCCAUCUGUUUUGUCAGAUCAGGGCAAUGAUUCAUCCUAUGAGAUAUCUGAACUUGGAUCACCAAGACUUGGGCAUAGUGAUUCUGCUGAUCUUGGCAUUGACAACUCUGAACAUGAGUUUACCUAUGCGGAAUCAAAUGUGAAGUAUGGACUCUUUAAUAGAAAGUUCAUUUUGGACAAUAUAGAAAGAUUUUCCUGGCCUAAAGUACGCAACAGAGGUGUUAACAGAAUUUUGAAUGGCAGAGGAGCCCCUUAUGAUAAUGUUGCCAUUGUCAAAGAUCAGUAUGACAAGGACUUUCCUUCUGAAACAGAAAGUCACAUGGUUCAUGCUCGAAGACUAUCAUCAGAAAGUGUUGGUAGUGACUUAAGCUCCAGAAAAGCGAGUGAAGGAGUUGCAUUUAAUCCCACUGCAAACAAUACUAUGUACAAUCCCGAAUUUCCUGACAUGCAAAAUUCUGCCACCGCAAGGUUACAGUUUCCAAGGGACUUAGCUGUCGCUCUUCCAUCAGAAGAGCGGCAUAAGUUGAACAGACUUCUUACAACUGUGCAACAAAGGUUAUCGACAGCAAAAACAGACAUGGAAGAUCUCAUCGCCAGAUUGAAUCAAGAGACUGCUGUGAGACAAUUCUUAACAACAAAGGUCAAGGAUCUGGAAGUGGAACUUGAAACCACGAGGUAUAAUUGCAAAGAAAACAUGCAGCAAGCAACUUUGAUUGAGAAAGAAAGGUUUACUCAAAUGCAAUGGGACAUGGAGGAGCUUCGAAGCAAAUGUUUGGAGGUGGAAAUGAACUUGAAGGCUGAACAGGAAGAAAAGGCUCGAGUUGCAUCGGCAAAACUAUCGGCAAUUCAAGAGCGAGACUUGUUGCUUAAUGAAUUGGAUGUUGCUAGAGAACACCUCAGUAAACUGCAUAAACAUAAUGAGGAGUUGGAAGCAAAAUCAAAAGCCGAUGUGAGGCUUCUUGUCAAAGAGGUUAAAUCUCUUCGUAGCUCUCAGUCAGAAUUAAAGCAGGAGCUUGGCCGCCUCAUGAGAGAGAAAAUUGAAGUUGAGCGAACUCUACAAAAAGAAAAACAGAGAGGGGAGUCUGCAAGCGCUGCAAAUGCAAAGCUGCUGCAUGAAUGUGAAAUUCUUCGAAACCGGCUUCAAGAAUGUAGCGUUAAUUUCCUUAGUGAAGAAGAAGAUAAGUUGAUUGUGGAUACCUCUUCACCAUCUGAUGCAAUAGAUCUACUGAUAACAUCUGACAAUCGAAUUGGGCUCCUUCUUGCAGAGGCCCAACUCCUCGCUCAAGAUGUAGAAAAUGCUGUUGUAAAAGUGGAUGAGACUCGGAAUGGUAAUGAUGGCAAAGGGAGGACGAGUGACGAUGAAUUGAGGAAGAUGCUGACGGACAUGUUCAUUGACAAUGCAACAUUGAGGAAACAAGCGAAUUCAGUAAUCCGUUGUGCUUUAAAUAUGUAUGUCCAAGCCGAAGAAAAGGAUGAAGAUGAUGAAGAAGUCCCUUUGCGAAAAACCGUUUUAGGCAAGUUUUUAGAGAGAUGAUGUGAAUUAUGGACUAUGGAUGGUGGGUCUUUUGUCCUAGUAGAAUUAGCAGCAGCUGCUUGUACAUUUGUGCUGGUAUUAAAUGAGAUUGCCUCUGCUGCAGGGUGGUUCCCUUUGUCGCGGAAGGUGAUCAUUAUUCGCACUGUAUCUUUCCUUUUGCGAGAUUUAUUCUUUGAUUGACAUUUCCUCCAGAAUUAGAACAGCUUGCUCAUAUCAAAUACCAACGCUCCACAUUUCAAGAA